AUGGACGAGGACGCAAAGAAAGUCGAUGCUGGAAAUGCAGACUAUGAUGACUACGACGUUCGUCAAGACAAGCCGGCAAAGCGGGCGAAGAAGCAAUUCUCGCUCCGGUACAAUUCCCGUCUGGCGUCCAGAUUCGACUCGAAGAACAACAGUGGUAAGCGCGUGGCGUACGUGAUGCUGGCGGCAGAGCUCAGCGUCGAAAUGCAACGUGAAUUCGUCGCAAAGCAGGUGCAAGACAAGUUUGCCAAGAUGAAAACAGAAUGGUCCGUGUCAAAGCCAAGUUUGCCCAGUCCAACGGGGAACUUGUCCAAGGCUCAACUUCCAAUGCACUAUGACAUCAUGCUGGAGUACUGGGGUACCAAGGUGGGGAACAAAAGGGAAUCCCUCAUGAGCACGGAUGAUUGUAUCGAGGAUGACAACGUGGUCGUAUUGGAUGACGAGGAGGAUGACGUUGAAAUCAAAACUGAAGAGCCACAAAAGAAGAAGCAAAAGAAAAACAAUGUGGAAAAGAAGCCCAAAGACGCAGCAGCGUCAUUGGAAGCUGGAUUUAAUUCCAUCAAGGAGGGAUUGAUGUUUUUGGGGUCAUCGAUGUCUGGUGUUCAACCCCAAGCAACGCCUGGUGCUACACUGUACGAUGUUCUUACUGCAAUUAAGGCCCAGUCCGAUACCAUGACGCAGCUCUUAGCGCAAAAAAAAGAUUAA